AUGGACAUCCACCACCAAGCCCCCAAAGAGGUAGUCGCUACUGAAACGACGCCCGCACCUCCAAUUGAUGAGGCAGAUCCUUUCGAAGUGCGUGGUCAAACACGCACAAUCACCAAAUGGCGCAUCCCAGACUCGACUCCAGAUUCGGAACAAGCCGAAGCCGCCCUCAAAACCGAAGAGCGAGUGGAAGAAGAUACUGCUUGGAGGGAGCUGAAGGAACUCUACCACGUCUCAGACGCAGAAUGGGAGGCGUCUGAAGCGCAAUGGCGCGAGUGGGUUUCCAAGCGCGACACAGCGGGAGCUCUCGACGCGGGGCGGUUCUACGUACCGCCUGAGAAGCUGUUGUGGCGAGAUUAUAGUAGUGGUGCUGAAGAGCGGUUGAGUAAGGUCGUUGAGGUGCAGCAUAAGAGCUGCCUUACCUGCCGUGCGAUUGAAGUUGUGAAGGGAGAUGUGACGAUCAGUGGGGAAGAGAAGGAAAAGCGGAUUGCUAGGUUGGCGCAUACGAUUCCAUGGCUGCAACCGUUGCCAUCCGCGGGGGGACCGAUUUCGCCUCGGGUGUUGGGUGAGUCGAACUUCGAUGACUUGCUGAACGUCUCAGCAUGGGGUUAUGAGGCAGCCAAAUCUGCUCAAGAGAUGUCCGCGCCAUCGAAGGUCGGAACGUUGAAAAAAGCCCUGCCCAAAGCAGACAUACUCAACUUCAUGAACGGGUCGAAGCAUGAGUUCAAGGAUCGAAAGGAACACCUAUGUGCCACCAAAGUUCUGUUGAAAAGCACUGAUGCCGACGCGAUACUGGACGCGGCGAUAGAUGACCCGACAUUCUUGCAACGAGCCCACGUAUUCCGCCAAAACAAGCAAGCAAUGGAGAACGCAAUAAGCGCAGCUGAUUCUCUCCAGCGCUUGAGCGUUGCUGAGAAGAGGACUGCCUCUAAGGCCGCAGCGGAAGCGUGGGAGCUGGAGCGAGAUCUCGUACGGCUGGAAAAGAUCCAAGAGUCUUUGAAAGCCCGAAUAGGCUCUGCGAAGAACGGUUAUAGUGUUAACCGAUACAACAACAAGAGAUGCCAGGAUCGAAAGAAGAGUUAUGCCGAUACUGGAAGCCAUCCUAUCAGAUAUGGAACUCUCGGUCUCCAUAAGGGAGCAGAUUCUGAUGAUGAGGAGGAAGAAGAUGUCGAAGAAGAGAAGCAGGAAGACAAUAUUGUUGCGGACGAGAGUCCAAUCGAGAGAGCCGAGCGGAAUAUUUGGGAACGGCAGCAGCGACAAAAAUUGCCCGACACAACAAGGCAGGCAGAAACUGGCAAGCUCAAUGCUAGCAAGGAGAGCUCACCGUCACCACCCAUUCUGACUGAGUCCCCUGCGCAAAUCGAUGAAGAACAGCCAGCGCAGUACACUGUCGCUCACAGCAUGUUCGUUAAAGCCCUGCGAAACUUCAACGAGCACAACCUUGAGGCCGCGCAGGAAGAUAACGAAUCUGCUUCGACCGAGGGUGAUCCGUUCAAGUAUGAUGCGGCACAAGAGACCACUUCGACAGUGGGUGAAGCUGCUACUCCUGGCAACGAAGUCGCAACCGGUAGUGCAUCCAAGGGGAAGGCGAAGAAGGACUCUAAGACAGAAGGGUUGAUGGAAGAGGAUGGAGUCAUCUACGCCUUGGGAGGAGGUGGUUGUCUGGCGUUAUUGAUACCAGAGUAUGCGUCGUGCUCCUCCAAGCACUGGACACCAGGAACGAGUAUUAAGCUCCCCGCUCAACAACAUCGCGAAUACCUUUUGAUUACUGUUGCUCUCAUGAACUGGAUCUGUCCAGAAAUAUUAGAACCAUCGCAAUUAUUCCAGAGCACACACCAGUACUCUCCGAAUUGGUUACGCUCUGUCGGAGGAACGCGCCCCCACGGCAUGCAGGCUUGUGCGAAUCGACGAGUCAGAUAUACGCUAGCAUCGCGACGAAUAUCGGAGAGGGUACCAUAG